CUGACAUGAGAACCCAUGUUGGGUUCGUUUGUCCUCGGUGACCAACCUGGGAGCGAUUGCUAGCGCAUAACGGACCCGUGGGCCACGACCGACUUGCUUGCCUAAUUCAUCUUUGACAGCCAGCGGUGCAGUGGCCAACAGAACAAUUCAACUCAUCCUGAUUGUUCCACGCCUAAACGGUCGCAAUGUCCACGCACCACCAUCAACAAGACUCUGAAGCGCAGGCAACUGUGGCAGCCAAUGUGCGAGUGGCAGACGAGAAGGUAUCCAUGGAUAUGGAGGCCUCACAGCAGUCGCAAAAACCGCACCAGCAAGAACAGGGUGUCGAUCAAGUGUCAAAUGCUGCCGUGGGCGCUCCGCCACCCAGUCGACCUACAGACCCAUCGCAGUUGAGUGACGAUGCGCUCGACUUCGCAAAGAGGAUGUUCGACAUGGCUCGGGCAGGCGAUGCCAAGUUGAUCGAAUACCUCAAAGCUGGCUUACCUCCGAACCUGAUGAACAAUCGCGGUGACACGCUCCUCAUGCUCGCCGCCUACCACGGCCACGCCUCUCUGGUCAAGGACAUGCUCACAUCUAUCCCAUGCCCGGCAGACCCGAAUCAGCUGAAUGGUAAGAGCCAGUCGCCCGUCGCAGGUGCAGUCUUCAAAGGGUUCGAUGACGUGGUCAAGGUACUCAUCGAAGGCGGAGCCGAUCCGCUUGCAGGCCAGCCAAGCGCUGAAGCGACGGCGGGAAUGCUCAAAAAACUCGAAGGAGAAGGCGGCUUCAAAGAGCUCUUUAGAAAUGCACCCGGACGAGGCCAAGGUGCGCGGGAAGCGAUUAAUCCGGUGGAGGACCGCGAGCAGGCAUGGAUGGUUGCAGGACAAUGACUGGUGUGGCCAAAUCAAAGCGAGGGCGAAGCCAUCGUGCUCAGGUAAUUGCGGAAUUCCGCACUAUGCUGUCCCUUAGUUGCUACACACUGCUUUGUAUCAUACUUUGGCAUUCACACGGUUUCAAUAGACAAAUUCUGGCU